ACUUCUCAAUUCAUUCUUCAUAUCCUCAUAAAUACAGUUCAACAUUUAAAAACAACCAGAGUUCCUAGCUUAUAAGAUUUCUAUUAAGCUCCCAAGAUGACUAUCACAGAGAUGGAAGUCUAUAUGGAUUGUGCUGGCUGCGAGAACAAGAUAAGGAAGGCUAUUCAAAAACUAGAUGGAGUGGAUGAUAUCGAUAUAGACAUGUAUAUGCAGAAAGUAACGGUUAUGGGAUGGGCAGACCAGAGAAAAGUUCUUAAAGCAGUGAGGAAGACAGGAAGAAGAGCUGAGCUAUGGCCAUACCCAUACAAUCCUGAAUCCUAUAACUUCAACCAACAGCACUAUUAUCAGCAGCAGCAUGAAAAAGAAAUAGUUACUUACUAUGCAAACAAGCCUACCCCUUCAUACAACUACGACAAGCAUGGCUACAAUGAACAAGAGUUUGGUUACUAUCAAAAGCCAGCUUAUGCCACCAUUGUUGAUGAAGAAGCUAGUGCCAUCUUCAGUGAUGAAAAUCCUCAUGCCUGCUCCAUCAUGUAAUGGGGUGACUUAAGCAAUAUCUCUGGAUUUUCUUUUCAUCAUUUUUGUAUAUAAGAUGUAUUUUGGCCGAGUUGACUGAAAUUUUAUGAUAUAAGCAAAGGUCGUUUGUAAAUAUAUAUUUGUAAUUUAAAAGGUCUUUGGGUUGGGCUUAGAGUACUGUGGCCCCUUUUGGGUUUU